UGGAAACACUAAGAAAGAAUUUGCUUUAAAAGUUCACAUGCCCCCUAACAUUGCAGGCAUCAAUGGCAUUCAUAAUAUAACUUCACUUAAGGAUAAGCAAGUUACUCUGGAAUGUAAAUCAGAUGCUGUACCUCCACCAGAAAUCACGUGGCUAAAGGAUAAUAAGCCAUUGUUGCCCAACGUUAGAAUACGCAUUGAAUCUGAUGGACGAUUUGUUCAUAUCAAUAGUGCAGAGGUGGAAGAUGCUGGACACUAUAUCUGUAUUGCUAGAAACAUUGCCGGAAAAACUACCAGAGAGUUCAUCCUUAAUAUAUAUGUUCCUCCAACAAUAAAAGAUGGACCAAUUUUAGUUACAACUUUUGUCAACAAUCCUGCUAAUUUGGAGUGCAAGGCUGCUGGAGUCCCAUUGCCGCGCAUAUCCUGGAGGAAAAAUGGAGCUAUUCUCCAUGAGAACAAUGUGAGAUACACUGUUAUGGAAUCUGGCACAGUUUAUUUUUCAUCAGCCAGUGUUACAGACUCUGGUCUGUACACCUGCCUUGCAGCUAAUGCAGCUGGAUCUACCCAGAAACAGAUUGAGCUUUUGGUUUACGAUCCACCACUGAUAAACCCUGGCCAAACAAAUAUUACCACUAUAGUGAAUAAUCAAAAAACACUGAAAUGUGAAGUUACAGGUAACCCUAAACCAAGAGUGGAAUGGAGGAAAAAUGGAUUGUUAAUUAACACAGAUAUGAAUCAGAACAUUUACAGAUUUCUUUCUUCAGGAUCUCUCAUAAUCAUUUCUCCAACUGUAGAAGACACAGGGAUGUAUGUGUGUUCUGCCUCAAAUGAUGCAGGUCAUGAUGAACUUGCAAUUUAUCUUUCAGUACUUGGUAAGGCC